UCGCUUGGCAUUCAGUCAGUCAACGACGAAACCUUCAAGUGUUAGCAACACAGCGACACAACAGCGCGCAACAAGCUUCAAUUUACCAUUCAUCAUCCAGUUCAAUUUCUCGAACCAUUUGUUGUCCUUUUGUUGAACGGCGCACGCGUUAAGACGGACAACGUCGCCAGUGGCAUUCCGCUACCGCAAUCGGCAGCAUAAGUACCGCACGGUCGAAUUCCACCGGAAACAGCAUAAAUGAGUAAUUAACGUAAGGCGAACCAGCUAGCGCCAGCAACAACAACUCAUAAAAACGCACCACAACAACAUGGAAGGCAUGAAUGUUGGCAAUUUCAAUGGUAUUUCCACUAGCAAUCACAACAAUAGCAGCGCAAACAUGAACAACAACAACAACAACAACAACAACAACAACAACAGCAAUAACGUUAACACCAACACCAACAGCGACAUGAUUCGGCAAUCAGAGUCACCAGCACGCACAAUCGAUUCGCACGACUCCACUAUCGAUAGCAUGGAUACGAUUGUGGAUCGCAGCAUCAAUCGCGAGGAGCUCAUGCAGGCAGCCAUUGAGCAGAGCAUGAACACGACAAAUGACCAACACGAUAGUCUCACCAAUUCACAAAAAUCUAUUUUACAACAAACAAGCAGCGGCUGUAGUGAUACAGAAGAGCAUCGCCAGCGAUUGGGAAAACAAAAGCAACAGCAAACGCAACAACAAGUGCAACAAUUGCACGCAGAUGCACAAAGCCACAUCUACUCAAGUCCUGUUUAUGAUCAAAAACCACCACUGAAAUUAACAGCCGCCACUAUGAUCGCUUCCGUCACAGCUAACAACAGCCGUAACAGCAAUGGCAAUGGCGAUGGCGAUCACACAAAGAAAUCGAAACUGAUGACACACGAAGAGUUCCAACAACAGCUACAGGCAACAAUGGCUGCGCGUGCCAACACACUUGAUUCGCGUAUAAGCAAGAAACAGCGUUUUCCACCGGAAUUGAUUAAAAUCAAAGAUGGCGACGGCAGCUCAUCGAACUCGGCGAAAUAUCAAAGACGUGCCAAAUCCAGCGCCGACUGUUGUUCAGCCUUUCCAUGGCAAAUCGUUUUGGGCACUUUGCAGUUAAUGUUGGCCAUUACGCUGGUGGCGCUGGGUUCAUUGCUGAUUGUGCGCGAAGCAGCGCUUUCUACGGCGGGCUGUGGUAUUUGGACGGGCUUGGUGGCCGCCAUUACGGGUUCGCUGGGUGUGGUUAGCAUAAGAAAGACCCAGACUGCUUUCCUGGCGUUGAGUUUGGUGUGCAUAGCGACCAGUACACUGGCGUUGGCCGUUUCGGGCGUGGGCCUCUCCAGGGAUGUGAAUCGCUUGGAGGAAAAGUUUGACCUGUUGAAUGCAAACAGUGAAGUGUCAGCUGCUUCCGGUUUAAUAUUAACGUUGUUUUUACACUUCGUGGUUAGUAUUAUAUCCGUUUAUCGGUGCGCUUUGCAGAUAUGUUCAAGAAAUGAAGCUGCUGAGCUACGCGAUGUCAUCAUCAAAGCAAAAGCUACUGGAAUUGCAUUGGAUCAGGAAAAAGUCGAUCAAUACAUCAAGGCAAUGUCCUUAACCGGUAGUGAGAAGGAAAAUGCUGAAAAGUUGGCUGCCAUGUGGAUGUACACAGCGCAGAUGGGCAGCUCACGCAGUUUGCCGCAAACCGGUAGCGGUCGCCCCAUUAUGUUGAUACCAGCUGGAAGUACAAAUAUGUUGGCUACCCCUCCUCCACCCGUACCGUCUGUACCUGCGGCAAUGGUUGUUCCCGGUGUACCAUAUCGUCCCGGCAUGACCUACACUCUGCCCUACGUACGUCCAGGUUCUGUGAUUUAUGCGCCAGCCGGCAGUGCACCCAGUGGCACAUAUCGCACACACAAGAGCAGCAAAUCUGUUGGACCACCGCAUAACCGUCGCCGCCGUCCGGGACCACCGCCGCCACGCGCUGGAAAAAUGAGCGCCAAUCGUCGACAACGUCGCAAAUCCGAAGCAGAUAUAAUUGACAACGAGGCCUUUCAAUAUACGGGGCUCGAUCGCGAUAUAGCAGAUAAUUUUUUGGCGCGUCAAGAGCAAACCAACAGCCAGCCGGGAAGCCAUGUUGACUACUCUUCUUCGUCGACGACGGCUAGUGAGACAUAUGGCAAGCAGCGGUCGCGCUCAUCGUCCAAAACGAAAAUCGUUUGCCGCGAUGUGGUGAUGUAGCGCAGAGCUCUUGAGUUGAGUUGAGUCGAGUCAUUUGAUUGUGGAUUGAGUAUUUUUGCGUGCGUUAAUCCAAGGGACAGUUAAGCGAAAUAAUAAACAGACAUGCAUACCUAACUGUAUAAUAUUGUAAUACUCGUAUGCCUUAUUUGAUGUUUGCUAUUGUAAAUAACUCUAUUAUACAUAUACUUAUUAUCGAGUUUAUUCGAUGCUGCAACUUUGCUUUCUACAAAUACAACUAAUCGUAGGAUUGAGAUAUUGAUAUAAAAAUAUAUACGUUAGACAACCUA